AUGUCAAACGACGGCAAUCUAACUAGAAGUAAUAGGAUCCGUCAAUUCUUGCGUGAUGAAUUGACGGAUGAUGCUGAUGAAAGAUUCAUGCUAAUGCUUAUGCAACAACACCAAAUGUUGAUGGAAGUAGGAAGGAUGGGCUUGUCACCACUUCAAAAAUGCACGGCAGCUAUCCGUCAAUUGGCAUAUGGAGCCCCUGUCGACCAAUCCGAUGAAUAUCUACGGCUUGCUGAAACCACUGCUAUUGACUGUUUGAUCAACUUCUGCAAAUGUGUUUAUGAAGUAUUUGGGGACCAAUACUUGAGAAGACCAACUGCAGCUGACACCCAACAUUUACUUGAAAUGCAUGAGCGAAGACAUGGUUUCCUUGGCAUGUUGGGUAGCCUUGAUUAUGGGAUUUACCCAACUUGGGCUACCUUUGUCAAGAGUUUUCCAUGCCCCGAGGAUCCAAAGAGAAAAAAGUUCAAGGAAAGACAAGAGGCUGCAAGAAAAGAUGUCGAGCGAGCAUUUGGAGUUCUCCAAGCUCGUUGGGCAAUAGUCAGAGGUCCAGUACGAUAUUGGUCGAGAGAUAUAUUGAGGGAUAUUAUGCAUACGUGCAUUAUUUUGCACAAUAUGAUUAUUGAAGACGAGGGAGAUGCAGUAUCUAAUUGGAUGGGAGAUGAAGAAAAUCAUCCGACGCGGGUAAAACAAGGCUCCACACUCGAAUUCCAAGAAUACCUCCGGAGAAAUUGCGAGUUGCGUGACAGUGAAACACAUCAUCAACUUCGAGCUGACUUGGUUGAACAUAUAUGGGCACUUGACGAAAAUAAUCAAUGA